AGAUCCAGAAAGAGAGAAGGCACCGCCCCCACCCCGCCUCCAAAGCUAACUCGCGGGCUUGAGUGGAAGAGGCCAACUGCACACUACUGCACACUCGUUCUUCUCUGUCCCCACUCUCCCGCUGCCAUGGGGCCCUGCACUCCUCUCCUCAUCUUGUUCGUUUUGUGGUGGUCAGUACCCCUUCAAGGACAGCAGCACCACCUUGUGGAGUACAUGGAACGACGACUAGCUGCCUUAGAGGAAAGGCUGGCCCAGUGCCAGGACCAGAGCAGUCGACAUGCUGCUGAGCUGCGGGACUUCAAGAACAAGAUGCUGCCGCUGCUGGAGGUGGCUGAAAAGGAGCGGGAGGCUCUUAGAACUGAGGCUGACACCAUCUCGGGGAGAGUGGACCGUCUGGAGCGGGAAGUGGACUACCUGGAGACCCAGAACCCAGCUCUACCCUGUGUAGAGGUUGAGGAGAAGGUGAGCGGAGGCCCUGGGACCAAAGGCAAGGGCAGAAGAAAUGAGAAGUAUGAUAUGAUGACAGACUGUGGCUACACAAUCUCUCAGGUGAGAUCAAUGAAGAUCCUGAAGCGGUUCGGUGGCCCAGCUGGUCUAUGGACCAAGGAUCCAAUGGGGCCAACAGAGAAGAUCUACGUGUUAGAUGGGACACAGAAUGACACAGCCUUUGUCUUCCCAAGGCUGCGUGACUUCACCCUUGCCAUGGCUGCCCGGAAAGCUUCCCGAGUCCGGGUGCCUUUCCCCUGGGUGGGCACAGGGCAGCUGGUAUAUGGUGGCUUUCUUUAUUAUGCCCGGAGGCCUCCUGGAGGACCUGGAGGGGGUGGUGAGUUGGAGAACACCUUGCAGCUCAUCAAAUUCCACCUGGCAAACCGAACGGUGGUGGACAGUUCAGUGUUCCCAGCAGAGGGUUUGAUUCCCCCAUACGGGCUGACAGCAGACACGUACAUUGACCUGGCAGCUGAUGAGGAGGGCCUUUGGGCUAUCUAUGCCACCCGGGAGGAUGACAGGCACUUGUGUCUGGCCAAGUUAGACCCUCAGACACUGGACACAGAACAACAGUGGGACACACCAUGUCCCAGAGAGAAUGCUGAGGCUGCGUUUGUCAUCUGUGGGACACUAUACGUCGUCUAUAACACCCGCCCUGCCAGUCGGGCCCGCAUCCAGUGCUCCUUUGAUGCCAGUGGCACCCUGACGCCUGAAAGAGCAGCACUCCCUUAUUUUCCACGCCGAUAUGGUGCCCAUUCCAGCCUCCGCUAUAACCCCCGAGAGCGCCAGCUCUAUGCCUGGGAUGAUGGCUACCAGAUUGUCUAUAAGCUGGAGAUGAGGAAGAAAGAGGAAGAAAUUUGAAGAGCUAGCCUUGGUUUUUGUAUCUCUUUCACCUCCAUACAUUUAUAUCCUCACUAAAUUUCCUGCUCCUCAUCCAAAUGUGAGCAAAUUGUGGUUCAAAUCCUGUAUUUUUAGCCAACGGAAGCCAAAUUCUCAUAGUCCCUUCAUUUCAUAUGGAAUUCCAGAUCUUGAGUAAUCCUUUUAGAGCCAAAAGAAAGAAAACUCUGAACGUUCACUCUUUCUCUCCUGUCCUGUGUCAACACAUUGCAGGCCAAAGACGACCCAGACCCAGAGCUCUGACCCCCCUAUGGGGGCAACCCCAGCGAACAGGCAACAGAAUAUUUCUUGCCCAGCUGAGUCGGAGAGAGAGAGGACUGGGAGAAAGAGACUUUCAAUUCUGCCCUCUCUCCUUCUCCCUUCAGUACUCUCAAGAAUGGGACUAUCCCCACAUCAUUUUGUAUUGCAACAUUUUGCAUUAAAAGGAAAAUCCACUGCUC